CAGAAAUGUCUGGCACCCGACGAGCAGCAGGACGAGACUGGAGGUGUGGUCCCCGAAGCAUCCUCGUCUAGUUAAGGCUCAAAGUACUUGACUCAUUUUCAAGGAAUUCAUCUUCAAUCACGCCUUAGUCACUCUGGCACUUGUUAUCUCUCGCUUAAUUCGUCAUCGGCUUAUUUUCAAGGCUUAAUAUUUUAAUGAACGGCAGAAUAUAUUUAUAUUUAUAUUUAAAUAUUAUAGUAUCGUUUGGACCCUGGACGAGCUCUAAUCCAGUGCUACGCCAACUACUCCUUCCACCAAAGAUGGAGGUGGGAAGAAAGAUGAUGGGCCGGUUGUGGUCCCCAACACUGCAACUACGGCAUCAGCAAAUGGAGCAAACUUGGACAAGGACGAAAAAGUUGUUGUCGACAUCGGGGAAGUUGAUAUGGUCGAGGAAGUUAAUACGGGACAAGAAGGACGAAAGCCAAAGGGACAAGACGGGCGAGAGCCGGAAGAUGAAGAUGAUGCAGAGGACGACGAGCCUGCGGACGAAAAAACAGAAGGCGAUGCAGUUGAGGAACACUAAGACGAAGAUGUUUGAUUUAGGUGAUGCAUAAUGAAAGAUUAAGAUGAUAUUUUUCAUACCUAAAA